GUGAGCCCCGGAAAUCUAACGAUUGCCGUAGAGGCGGAGCUUUGUCCAGUGACGCCACGUCUUCGACCUCCGUAUACCGCGUGACUAGUUUAUCUACUCCUACCUAAUGUCCGGUUUUGUGGCGUUGUUCAUCAAGCCAAGGCCGCAACACCUGAAGGUGAAUGCUGACCCUCGGGUCCGCGGCUCGAUACUCCGCGGUUCGAUGUACACGGUCGAGCUGAUGUCGGAGGUAAAUUUGUCAGGUGUUUUGAUCUUUGGAAAUGAGCUUCACGCGGUGCUCAUCACCAAACGCCACAUCACCAAACGCCAUACUUUUGAGCAGGCCAGUCCGCAGUCAUGAGGUCAAGAAUGAGGUGACUAGCAAGUGCCGAUGGCGGCUCUAUGAUUCUCGAUCUAUGAGUGCCUCAGUCAGUAUUACAACGAUUCUUCGUGAGAGCAGGAUAUGAAGCGUCCGAAUGUGGAAGCAGGCACAGGCCUCCGUGGAGCCGACAGUUUGAAUACCCGAACGGGCAUGGUCUGGACAUUGGAGAGACCUCUCCUCACGUCCACAGAUCUCCGUCCAGCAUGUUUUUGUCAAUGCGGAGUGCAGCUUCAGGGUUUGACGGCCUAGACUAAUCCAGUCUUGUGGCGGAUGAGUGGGUUAUCCACGUGGGGCUCCAGGUCGAGUCCGCUUAUAUGAGUCGUUGGUGCACU